AUGCCUGUACCGGUCGGUUCUAUGCCCGGAGGUGGUGCCCAUGGUCCCUCCACUUUGGAUAAACUGAAGAUGGGUGGUAUGAUGGGUGGAUCCGUCGGAUUGAUCAUUGGCUUCAUCUUCGGAUUCACAAACAUCGUUCGCUACGGGCCAGGUCCCAACGGUAUGCUCCGAACAUUGGGCCAGUACAUGAUGGGCUCCGCAGCAACCUUCGGCUUCUUCAUGGCCAUUGGCACAACUAUCCGGACAGACAGCUCCUCUAUCGCCAACGAGGCGUUCGCGAAGGCCUACCGACGCCCAAUGGUGCUUCCCCGGAACUACCAAUUCCCACGUACAUCUCGCGACGAGUAA